AUGGUGGAGUACGAUCUCGCAGGAUCAGGUGUUGUUCAUCAGCUCAAUUUUCCUUUUCUAGAGCGCCUCAACUUGCGCACUGUGCUCUAUCUCUCACAGGACGAACCAUCGCAACAAUUAAAGAAUUCAAGCACAGAUUUACUUGCCCUUGGAGAGAAUCUCCCAGCACAGUGCAAAUACCCAUGGCCUUCAGAAGAGUGCUUCCAAAGGUGCGAACUCUUACUCCAAGUACGUUUCUCAGUGGAGAGGUCUGGAAGUUUCGAAUCAAAGAAAUGGCAAGGGCGAUGGAACAACGAGCGCUGGGGCGUGGGCGAUCCGAUCGCGCAGCUCGCCGCCAAGCCAGUGGGAGUGGAGCUCACGGCAUUUCCAGAGGCAGAGGUGGAUUCGACGUGGGGAAACCUCACGCACGCUCUCUCGGUCCUCUUUUGCGCAUCGAUCAACUUCCUCGAAUUGCCAACUACGUUCUUGGGGCCGUGGUUCUCGUCGAGGCCCGAGGCAAACCGGACAGGAGGAGGAGGAGCUUUCGACGCUCCUGGCAUGAAGAGGGUGGUGAAAGGAAAGAAAUGGAGCAAGAGCUCGAUGACGAGGUAUGGAGCACUCCCAAGAGAAGCACUCUGUAGAACGCCACGGCUCACGCCAUGGCUCACGCUUCUCCCAUGUAGAGACAAGGCUGGGCUCACGACGCUCUUGGACAGGCAGACGAUUUACAGUGGUAUGUACCAUUCCCAGAGGCUGCUUAUCACUUCCGGUGACUUCGAUCGGGACGAAGAAGGCACGACAUUGGAGCAGGUUGUUUUCCGAAAGCUGCAAGACUGGACACUCUCUAGCAUGUUUGGCUCAAAGCUGGUAGGCAAGUGCCCGCUUGCAACUACAAGUAGUGUCUAUCUGGAGCUGGAGAAGAGCUUGGCGAAGCACUUGGCUGGAGAUCUCAGCGAAGAAACAGGCAUCAACUUCGCGGACAGUCGUGUUUUCAGUCUCAGCCCUGCUCCAAGUCGGGUGCUCGCGUCCUCUUCAGGCUCUCUUUUUCUGGCACACACAGCGAGCUUGAUCUCGGCAUCACUUGGACAGCCCCGGUGGAUUGGUCUCCGGCUCGGGCUCAGUUCUACACAAGCUGGUCCUUGGCUGGCAGCGGGAAUGCAAGGGGAUCCAUCGUCAUUUCGUUUCGGGCAAAUGAUGGUUCUUCCCGGGACUGUUACUCUCCAGGCAUCGAGGCAGCCGAGGAUGAUACCGAGCAGAAGAUCGCAAAGCUCCUGCGGCUGUGGAGAUUGCUCUGCGAGUUUCUAUUGCAACCCAGGCCAUAACUCUUGACGAUCCAUUACCACGAUGAUCGAUUCACAACCCAAGAGGGGCUUUGCCAAGGACGAAACGCCGAGCAGCACGAAUGCGGGGGAUAAUCUCGUCUGGUGGGCGAUCUAACAAAAACGCCAUGGAUUUCGCAAAGACCCCUGUCAUAUGGUUCAAGUACAUGGUAUGAUUUUUUUAUUACGGGAACCCGGUUGCUGAGAUGAUGGCUAUCAGGUAAGUGUAGAGGUAAACCGUUGUAGAAGACCCGGGUUCGAUGCCGAAGGGUCCACUCAACAAGGACUUUUAUGCAAAAAUUUUGCUAAAUAAGGAGCCAUUAUUCUGGUUC